UAACCUAUUUUGUUUAUGUAUACAUCUAUAUAUGUGUAAGAUAACACUGCCUGCCUCGCGUCGCUCUUGCUCUGAUUUAUAAUAGCACGAGGAGCGCGUGCUCCGAGCUCACUGUCACGCAAUUGAAAGACAAAUAAAUCCCGUCUGUAGAAAUUAGAGCAGCGCUUUGAGAUUUUUUUGUCGCUGUCAUGUGUUUGUCUGAGCUCAUGCUUGCAGGGUCUGAUUACACUGUUUUGACGUCAGGCAGAGGGUCAUUAACAAUCCCGCCAUCUGCCAAGAUGCACAUAUAGAUGAUAUCCUACAUACGAGGGAAGCCCCUCGUGCACCAAUGAGAUGUUUGCUCAGAGAUCAAUCCGACAGAAUGGUCCAUACCACACUGAUAUUAACAUUCAGAGACACAAUAUUGAGCAAUAUCACAUAUUUAAUCAUCACUAUCAUUCCAACUGUACCAUGCAGGGUGUUUUACCUUCUUAUUCCUCGUGCAUACCUUAUGCAUUUUUAAAUGCAUUUUUAAAUGCGUUUUUAAAGUAACUUGUUUUCUGGUGAAGCAGAGUUUCUGAGGCAGAGCAGAGCAGGAAGCAGACUAUAAUUAUAUAUCAUCUAAUUAAUGCAUGAUGGCCUUUCGGUGUAGGCUACCACCAAAUCAAUUAUAGGCGUAAUUGAUUAAAUCUCAUUUCAGAAGCCAAAGUGAUUAACAGGUAUCUAUUUUUCUUUCGAGUCUUUCCUCGACGUUUCCUCUCCUCGACGUUUCCUCCCUACAAAUUCUGCAAUUUGACGAUAAUCAUAGAGAAAAUAUGGAGAAAGUUAAGGGUUUUAUUUUUGUCAGUUGAGUUUAUCAGCAUUUGUUAAUGUUUCAAAUGCAUUUAUUGAAAAAAACCCUGCUCUAAUUACAUCAAAGUAAAUAUAUUUUCAUUGUUCAUUUAGAUGUGGACGCUUGAAUCCUCAUAUUUGUUGAGUUGUAUGUUUGUCUCUAGAUAAAUGUCACAUUUCACUCGUGACUAAACUACUCUGUGGAUCACAUUGAAACGAAUGAAUUAAAGUUGUACCAAUUGAACUCGUUGUCGACAGUAUUUUCCCUAUAAUUAGUUCUAGGACAUGAUUGAGUAAUGAGUGAGUUGUAAAUGAAAGCCUAAAUAUUUUUGGAAGGCCAAAAACUAAUAAGUAACCCACAGCUUAGUUUGGCUGUUUGUCCAUCUGAUGGUGCCAUCAGAUGGAUAUUAAGUUUGAGAUUGACUUCUUUUUUCAUGCAGGAAAGCUUUUUCAAAAAGAAAGCACAAAUAAUUUCAAUCAGGAUGCGACACUGGCCCUUUCACUGUGCCUGUUACUCAAAAAUAUUCUUCCUUUUCACUUUGACUUGAAUAGAUUUCAAUACAUGUAAUGUUCCUUCUUCUUGAGUAAAGUCAUGUCAAUAAUACACUAUACUGUGUAUUGUAGUACUCUCUCCACCCCUGAUUACCUCCCUCCUGCCCUCUCGUCCCCUCAGCUGGACAAGAGCGAGGUGGCAACUCUCGGCCUACCCUCCACCACCACCAGCCAUGGAGGCUCUGACAGUAACAUCAGUGCGGACGGAGCGCCAGCACCAGCAGCAGCAGCAGCAGCAGCAGCAUCUUCAGCAUCAGCAUCAGCGUCUGGGGUCAUGGCCUGUGGGGGUGCAGAGGGUUUCGGAGUUGGCGAGCCACAGCGGACACGUGCUGCCUUAGAGCAUCUGCAGCAGAAGGUCCUGAAGGUCACCGAGCAGAUUCGCGUGGAGCAGGAGGCCCGUGACGACAACGUUGCCGAGUACCUGAAGUUGGCCCACAACGCAGACAAACAGCAGGCGUCCAGGAUCAAGCAGGUGUUUGAGAAGAAGAACCAGAAGUCAGCACAGACCAUCGCACACUUGCACAAGAAACUAGAGCACUAUCACAAGAAGCUAAAGGAGAUAGAGCAGAAUGGACCGGCCCGGCAGCCUAAGGAUGUCCUGCGGGACAUGCAGCAGGGAUUAAAGGACGUUGGGGCUAAUGUUCGUGCUGGGAUAAGUGGUUUUGGAGGCGGAGUAGUUGAAGGGGUCAAAGGUGGAGUGACUGCCCUCACUCACACAGCCGUGGUCUCCAAGCCGAGGGAGUUUGCCAGUCUUAUCAGGAAUAAGUUUGGCAGCGCAGAUAACAUCGCUCACCUGAAGGACUCACUUGAGGACGGAGUCGGGGGCCACUCUGAGGACACCCUGACACCUCGUGCACUGAGUGGAAGUGCUACUCUGGUCUCCAGCCCAAAGUACGGCAGCGACGACGAGUGCUCCAGCGCCUCGUCCGGCUCCGCAGCAGGCAGUAAUUCAGGUGGUGCAGGGGGAGGAGGGGGACUGUUGGGACCAACCAUGGGGAGCCCAAGGCUGGAUGGACACCACCAUCACCACCAUCACAUGCACAGCUCUUGGGACUCUCUUCUUGAGGGCCUGCAGGAGAUCAAAGCCAGUCAGGCGCACAUGGAGGAUGCCAUCGAGGACAUGAAGGGGCAGCUGCAGAGUGACUACUCCUACAUGACACAGUGCCUGCAAGAAGAAAGAUACAGGUAUGAGCGACUUGAAGAACAGCUGAAUGACUUAACGGAGCUACACCAGAAUGAGAUGACUAACCUUAAACAGGAGCUCGCCAGCAUGGAGGAAAAAGUCGCCUACCAGUCCUACGAGAGAGCAAGAGACAUUCAGGAGGCUGUGGAGUCGUGCCUGACUCGCAUCACCAAGCUGGAGCUGCAGCAGCAGCAGCAGCAGGUCGUCCAGCUGGAGGGAGUGGAGAACGCCAAUGCUCGAGCUCUGCUGGGCAAACUCAUCAACGUCAUCCUGGCGCUCAUGGCCGUGCUGCUGGUUUUCGUCUCCACCUUGGCCAACUUCAUCACCCCGCUGAUGAAGACCCGAGCCCGGGUGGCCGCCACCGUGCUGCUGACCUUGCUGCUGUUCGUCCUGUGGAAGCAGUGGGACUUUGUGGAGCCGUGGCUGCUGCCCAGCUGAGCUCUCUGAGAGAGACUCCAGUGGGGACCAGAGUCACAAACUCAGUCAGAGACCCACUGAAGGAUCCAGAGACUGAAAUAGAACGAGAGCCUCUGUACUUGUUCCCUUUGAGUGUGAUCGUGGAGCGUCUGAGGACAAAACAUGGCACUUUUGGAUGGAUCUGGAAAUGAUCUGGCCUGCAGAGUGUUGAGAGCUGUUUACAGUGAAAAAGAACAAAAAUGCUCUGCUUGCCAGUUGAGCGACAGAAGACAUCAUCUCAUCUCGCCCAGAUCUGUUGGUGUUGAUGACCAAUCAUCGAUUACAUUGCUGUCACCAAAAACUGAGUUUCUUGCAAGAAAUCUUUGGAAUUGUCUUUUUCUAAAUAUUUAUGAUACAUGAAUUACAAAGACUAGAGCAACUUAAUAAUUAAAAAUGCUGAUCAUGUUCGCCUUCAUGUUGAAGCUAUAUUAUAUUUGAAAGGAAAAAGUUGUUUUUCCUUGAAUGUUAUUGCUCAUGCAUGUCCUCAUAUGUGCACUAAGAUGCAUCUAGCUGGCAUGAGUUAACAUUUCAUUAAUGACUAAAUAAAUCUUCUUUAACUGCCGUUGUGCUGUCAGAAAUACAGCGCAGAUAUCUUGUGUCUCAACUCAGUGUCACUGGUUUGUUUCACAUCCUGUUGAAGCAGUGCUUUUAGACGCAUUUCUCUCUUUUUGUCUUUUUCUCCAAAUCGAAUGAACCGAUUUAAAAAAAGCUGCUGAUAUCUGCGACAAAGUCACCGUAAUAAUUCAACCACGUGAAAUCUGUUCUGUCCAUAAAUGCUAUUUCAUAAUCACUAUUGUAGAACUGGUUCUAACCACACUAUGUCAAAUUAAUGGCAUGUCAAAUCGUAUCAAAGUUUAUAUCCAGUUUGCAAAAAAUAAUUAUUGCUGUUUUAUUAAACCAUGUAAGAAAUAAAUGAUUUCAUAUGUUAGAC